AUGGCUACAGAGUGGGUGGGGGAGGUGGACGAAAAAGUGCUGCAUGCGUUCAUUCCGUUCUGGGAUAUCACAGGUAUUCAGAUUCCAAUAGACUAUGAAACGGAGAAGCACAGAGGAUUCGCAUUUAUUGAAUUUGAAUUGGCUGAAGAUGUUGCUGCUGCUAUUGAUAACAUGAAUGAGUUCUUUUGAAGAACCAUCCGGGUCAACAUCGCCAAACCUAUGAGGAUCAAAGAGGGCUCUUCUCGUCCAGUUUGGUCAGAUGAUGAUUGGCUGAAAAAGUUCUCGGGAACGACUGCCGAAGAGGCUGAGGUGACGGAGUCCACUGGAGAAUCAGCCAAAUAAAAAACAGCAGAUAGUGAGCCACCAGCCAAGAAGGGCAGAACAAACCCCCAGGUUUACAUGGACAUCAAGAUUGGCAAUAAGCCAGCAGGGAGACUGCGCUUCCUGCUCCGAGCAGACAUUGCUCCUAUGCCCGCAGAGAACUUCCUCUGCUUGUGCACACAUGAGAAGGGCGUUGGCUUCAAAGGCAGCUGUUUCCACCAUGUCAUCCCACAGUUCAUGUGUCAGGGAGGAGACUUCACCAACCACAAUGGCACUGGGUGUAAGUCUAUCUACGGGCGAAAGUUUGAGGAUGAGAACUUUGUCCUCAAACACACUGCUGCAGAUCGCUGA